AUGAAGGCCUUCACACGUGAGGUCACCAAAUUAGUUUCACAAGUCCUGUCAACAAUUCUCGCAGGCCAGGGCACACGAUUACCGACACUAGCACCUGGAAAUCAUGUGCGCGCCUGUGCGUGCGCGCGCCUGUGCGUGCGCGCGCCUGUGCGUGCGCGCGCGAGUCGAAUGCGCAGGGCGCGCAUCGUCCCUCCCCUCCCGUCUAGUCGCCACUGCAAGGAGGCCCGAUCUGUGACACGUUCUCGAGUGCUUCAGCAGUGCCUGCUGGGCGGGCAGCGAGACGUUACAUCAGACCUACAUGUCUGUGAACGCAAUCCAAAGUGA